AUGACGACGGUGGGUAAAUUUCGCGAGAGCGCCAGAUCGCCGGGAUCGCCCAACGCGGAACGAGGGGGGUAUUGGAGGGCAGAACCGCUCGGACGGGAACACAGCUUUGCCUUGAACGCAGCUCCGCGAUCGCGCUUCGAGCAGGAUCAUCUGUCAUCUUCUCCGGAGCAGGCGAUUCGGGUGCAUGCCCAUCAUCUGUCAGCAGCUCCCAAGAAGGUGUUUGCGCGGCUGCGUAAGAACAACCCUUACAUUGGCUUCUUUCACUAUGCGCCCAGCGCCGGCAAUCGCUCACGAAGCACCUAUUUCGAGCAGGACAUCGUGUCCAUGGAGGUCAUCCACCGCCAGCACGCCGUCCGCAGCAACCCUAUGAUCGGGAACUUACACUACGGCGAUAACAAUGGACACGACCUCUACGGGGAGAGGUUCGAAGACUUUCAGCGCAUCCUCGCGCAGCUCAAGGCCAAAGACGUGGAGAGACAAGUGCGGGCUGUCUUGGACCGACACCCUCGCCCUUUCGGAGGAGGCGACCUUAGCCCCGGGAGCGCGUCGGCCAUGAUGUCCCGCCGAAGCCGCGGCCGUUCCCGCAGCAUCACGGAGUCCGACGUGGGGAACAACGGAAAGAGGGCCGUGCGGUCGAGCAGCGCGGGCAAGGCGGCCAUCAUGCGAGUCGCCGCGGCGGAAGAAGCGGCGCUGGCGGCGGCGGCUGCGGCGGUGUCGGCAGAAGCGGCGGCAACGACCCCUUCCGAGUCGGACGAUGGUGCGCGGGAGGUCGGCGGUAGCACCGAGGACGACACCGAGGGGAUAAACUGGCACAGAACGACGAGCAACGCUGCGAUGGAGGCUCUGGAGGGGGACAGGGGUAGGGGGCUCAGUGACGCUAUACGGGAAGAGGUGCAGCGGUCGUUCGACGUGGGCGGGCAGGGUGCGGCGGCGAAGGAGGAGGAGGAGGAGGAGAGGCAGGGGGAGGAGCGCAACGGGAGCUUCGAGGAGGAGGACAGGAGGAGGCUGAGAGAGAAGGCCUUCGCUAUUGUGGUGUACGCGAGUGGGGACAGCCUGGUGAAGCUGGCGGAGAAGGAGAGAAGAAACGGCAUGUCCACCAAGCGCUUCAAGUACGCCGGGGCUAUCGAUGCCUCCAAGUGUUACCCUAAGUCCGGUUCCCUGGACGACUGUGCUUUGCUCAGACCCUUUGUCGCGGAGCGAUCCCGCCUGUACAAUGACCUCAUCGCGGAGGUGAACGGCUUCCGGCGUCAUUUCUUCCUGCGCCAGAAGAUGCACCCCAAGGAAGCCUACCGCCAGCACAGGCGAAAACAGGAGGCCGAUUCCAACAGGGGCGCCAACCAGGAGCUAGACCAAUACCCGGACGAUGCGAGCUCUAUCGCGUGGAGCAAGCAAGACUCCUUUACGGAGUACGAACCCUGGAUAGGCGGCACCAGCUACGGCUCCAUGCCCGGGGAGCACAUGCACGGGGCCCCCGGGGGCGGGUUGCUUGCGGGAAACGGGAACGGGCACGGGAUGGGGGGGGCGGGGCACAGCAGCCACAGCAGCGGGGGGGGGAUGGGCGGCGACGCCGGCGGUGGAGGCGUGUUUUUGGAGCCAGCGUGGCUGGGGGGGCGCAUGGGGGGGGGUGUCGACGACGGAGCCCUACCAUUCCACGGGGCCCCUCCCUUCCACACCCUCGUCGGCCCCGGCCAGUUCGCUAGGAUUAGCCGCGAGAGAUCGGGCGAGGACAACCAGCCAGCUCAGCCAGGAGACGCGUGGAUGCCCGGGACGGUUUCAGCACAGCGCACGAAAGAGAGCUGGCGUAGCAAGCAGGAGAUGCGGGACUGUCGAGAGUUCAAGCCCUUCUUCGUGCAGGCGAAGACCGACUUCACGGCCACCUACCGCCUGCUAGACGACUGCCGCCUUGGGGAGGGGGCCUACGCGAGCGUCUUCCUCGCCGAACACCUGAAAAGGGGGGAGGACGUAGCCGUCAAAGCCGUGCAGAAGAGGCUGUUGUUCAGCGAUGCGGAGAAGAAGAGCGUCGGGGCGGAGAUCGACAACCAGCUCAGGAUAGUGCACAAGCACAUCGUGCGCUUGUACGAGGUGUACGAGACGCCGGACAAGGUCUUCAUCGUCCUUGAGAACUGUCCCUGUGGCGAUUUAGAGAAGAUGCUCUACCUCCGCGGACGGCUGACGGAGAUCGAGGCGAAGCGGGUUAUCAUGCAGCUUCUGGAAGGGGUCAACUACUUGCACUCAAAGGGAAUCGUCCACUGCGACAUUAAGCCGCAGAACCUCCUGUUCGCGCCAGACCCUGACAACCCGGACGCGCCUACCCUCAAGGCGGCGGGAUCAUCGAAAUCCUUGGGGGCGGAGUCGGAGAAGAGCAAAGGCCCAGAGAAGCGAGGAAAGCAGCAGGUGUCGUCGCCGGCAGGCCGCCUGGCCAAGCUCUGCGACUUCGGCAUCUCGUGCAAGGUGCCGGACGUUCGGUUCUACAAGCAGACGGGUGACAUCAACAAGAUCCCAUGGUCCGGGCUGUUCGGUACCGGGGGCUACAUCGCCCCGGAGAUCAUGAGCCAGCAGCCUUUCGGGAAACCCGCCGACUUGUGGAGCGUCGGGGUGAUGCUUUACCAGAUGAUAUCGGGAAGACUCCCCUUCAUACCGGCGAGGAAGUGCGUCACCAAGCCCGUCUCCUUCCCCGCGGCUGUCUGGGCGGACGUGAAUGUGGGAGUGAAAAGCCUCAUCGAAGGUCUCUUGGAGAAGGAGCCAUCACAAAGGCUAACCGCCGCUCAGGCCCUGCAGCACCCGUGGAUCCAGACGAUACACCACCUGCGACCGUCUUUCCCGCACUUCGUACCCAAGCCGGGGUCCAUGAGUCGCUGCGGCAGCACGGGGAGCAGCAGCAGCGCCAACCCGGGCCAUGUCCACAGCAGCUCCACAGGGAGCGGGGGCGGAAAGGGCGGGGGCGGUUCGACCGCCGCGUGACCGCGGGAAAAGCGAUCGUCAUGUUCGCGGCUAGCUCCGCUCGGUGGACGUGCGGACGGCACGCAGGAAAGGCUACUGUAACCGUAGUGCUUGACGAGAGAGCCAGGUAUCCCCACCCCCCCUACUUCGUUGGAAGAGGAGUUGCGGAUGGUGCUGCUCAAGAGAGGGGUUGGAAGAGAUACGGAUGGUGCUGCUCUGCCUUGCAAGGGGUGGGAGCUGGAUGGUCGAAGGAAUACGACCGGACACAACAGGUGUUGUCUCCCUCCCCUCCGGAGAAGCGUGUGUACUGCUUUUGUUUGCCGUGGGUGUUUCGGGCGGUGGCUUCGCGGAACGAACGGCGAAGCAGAUAGAUAGGCUCGCCGUGGUGAGGUGUGAGCACCGCGCGCUCGCUCGCUCUUGUGCUGACUGCUGAAGAGGUGCGAUACGAGCUGCGCUUAUGUGCAAAGAGGGGACCGUUCUGGACGGAUAGGAGAGUGUUAACCCGUUACGAGGGGAUCUCCAGGAAUUUAUUUUAUGAUUUGCAAGCGCUUCUUUCGUGUGUUUGUCUUGCAGAGAGAAAAGAGAGAUGCUUUCGUGCAGAGGAGCGAUCGCUUGCAGGCCGGGAAUAUCGUGGGAUCACCCGUGGAGUAUUAUUGAGGGACAUUUGGCAACGUCAACGGCACCGGUUUCUCUCGUGAGCUUCCGGCAUUGUCAGGUUGGCAUCAAGAGCCUCUGUGUGGCGCAGAUGGCCUGCAUGUACAUGGCUGGUUCGCGUGUGUUGUAUUGAAGAGCAGAUGGGUUCAGAUUUUGCCCACCGAUAUGAGAAGAACCAUCCCUUGAACGGGAAGAGAAGGUGCGAGCAACUUGAAAAUACUGCAUGCAAAACUUGAAAAUUAACUUGUGGGAUAAAAAGAGUGACACAGAGUGCUUUAGGAUAUAGAGUAGACAAACCUUUGGAUGUGCUGCGGUGUCUGUAAACCAGCAGUAGGUACAUGUUCGUUUUUCUUGAAGGCAGCAGCGAGGACUGGGACUCCCUAUCUGGACAUUCUGCGUGCGGUAUAUCGGUGUUGUGGGAAAAACAAAGGGUUGCUGGUAGGUGGAUUGAGGGAAAGAGGUCUCCAGUAGCGAGGACAUCGGUAGCUAAGGGUAACGGCCUGCUUAUGGUUGAUAACUUGCAACAGGGAGGACGUUAAGCACGUUGUUUUUCUUGCUCUCGGGGGCACGGCGGCGCCUUACAGACUUGUUAUCCUGCUUCGUAGUUUUGCGGUGGUUCGGCUGUUCUUGUCGCGUAUUGUAUGGAUCAUACCAUGAUAUGUUUUUUUUUGUUCCAAGACUGGGCCCCCUCCUUUGUUUCCUGCCUUGUAGUACCUUGCUUUGGCUGUGUGGAGCUACAGUAGUAGUAGUCGUGGUGCCUGUUCGGGAUGCGUGAAUGAGGCCGGUCGCGCCGCACGAGGCCGGUGAAAUCGCAUGAAACAGAUGGAAAUCAAGCUGUCCGGCUCUGAUGAGCGCCGGGUUUCCGGUUUACGUCUGGCCAAAUCGUUAGGCGCUGAGUGUUUUGCUCUCUUGUGCAGGGGCGAUGCUGCUGUACUUGAUUGAUGAAUUCGUUUAUCACGACUAAUUGUGGAGACUUUGUUUGUCGUGUCCUGUGUUAACACCCUGGACACCCAUGGCUUUUCCAUUGUUGAGUGCGGAUAUCCUGAAUAGACGCGGUUUUGUUGACAGGAGAAAAAUAUCACACCCAACGACUGCGUGUCGCCCCAAACCAGAAGUUAUUGUGACAUUGUAGCGUUUAUCAGUGUCAACAUUCGUCCUGGACGUUCUUGACGUUUAUAGUAGGAGGUGGGCUUGACCUGGUCAUUGCGUGCGCUGUCGAAGGGAAGCAGCAGCCGGUUGAUUUUGAACGAAAUGAGCCGACAUUUAGCACGGUCGGUCGUUGGUGAUAGGUUGUCUGGGAGGCGUGAGUACGCUUCGCAGCCUUCAACGCUGACUGCGGCUUCUGGUGAUUCUGUAGCUAUUGAGAAGAGAUUGUCGUAGGUUUGUGCAUAAGCAAUAAGCAGCAACGAGCGUGUUCACGUGCUGCUGUUGUCGAUGACAUCUACAGUAGUGUGUUUCGAGGUGCUAUCUUUCCAAAUGUUCCAGUUUUUCGGGUAAUUUUCGUUCGUCGUUUAGCGAGUAAAUGGCUCGCCAUUCUAGGACGAUUUUAUAUUUAUUGAGGACAAAUACAACUCGGUGAUGGUUCUGUACUUGAGAGACGGCGGUGUGAGAAUGAUUUGACCGAGAGCCUCCGGUCACGUCUUCGACGGUAAAACGGUAAGUACACACCAGAGUUAGCGGUGAGGUUUGCUUUUCGUUCGUACAGUACGACAAAAACACGGCAAGACUUUGCGGUUUGGUCUCUACGUAGAAUCUCAUGAUGCCGAGAUUACUCCGCGCCGUGCUUGGGCUGUUACCGGCAGAGUUUUUUUUUUAAUGCCCUUGCAGAAAGAAAGGCCGUAGAUCGACCUACAGACACAGCACCCACAAGUUAUUGAGUGGAUGUUCUUUGGAAACCUAGCGCGGACCGCCUGGUGAGUGCAUGGAGAUGAUAGGAGCCGGGAUGAUAGUGAUGGCUGUUUGGGGGGUGGGGGAUCGGCAAGGAGAGGUAAAAAAGCAAUUGGAAUCAAGAUUGAACGGGGGUUCAGUGAAUCC